GUUUUGAAAAUCAUAGAUUCGCCCGCGCUCACCGCCCCGUUGGUCCUCGGCUGCAGCGAGUCGUCUGGACCGGCUCUCUAGCGCGCCCCGCUCGGCGGGAAGCUCAUCUGCGGAAGCCGCAGACUGGAAUCAGAGUAGUCGGUGCAGACACGGCGCCGUCGGGUAGUGCCACCAUGGGGACAACUGCCCCAGGGCCUAUUCACCUACUGGAUAUAUGUGACCAGAAACUCCUGGACUUUUUCUGCAAUGUGGACAAUAAGGACUUGACGUGGCUCACAGAGAUUGUGGAGGAGGCUGAGCGCAUGUUCAUCAGAGAGUUCAACAACGAGCCAGAGCUGAUGCCCAAAACUCCUUCUCAGAAGAACCGUCGGAGGAAGAGACGGGUGUCUAACAUUCAGGAUGAAAACAGAGAUCCCACGAGGAAAAGGUUAUCCCGCAGAAAGUCUCGGAGCAGCCAGCUAGGCACCCGGCACCUCCGAAGCAAGGACAAAGUGCAGAAGCCGGUGUCUGUUGUUGAGGAGAAUGGCUUCCCAGUCUUGCAGCGGAUAACUAGGGCGGCGGCAGCAGCCGCAGCAGCUGCAGCCUCUGCAUCCGUGCCAUCAGCUGCUUCCUCUCCCACUGCUGAGUCUCCCACAGUGCUAGUCAAGAAGUCUGUGGUGGAGGUCAGCGCCAGUGAGAGAUUGAGUGCAGACCUGCAGCUCAUCCAGCUCAAAGGUGGCCUUCCUCCAUCUGCAGUCCCACCUCCAACUACACCUCCAGCUCCCCAAGGCACACUGACAUCAGAGGAAGAACCAACACCCAAGAAGUCAGAGGCUGUCACAGUGAGCUCCCUCAAGGCUACUCCCCAGAGCCCCAAGAACCAAGGGGUUGGGGCAGGACGUUCUGUUUCUAAGCUCAAGAUUGCUCGGGCCUCCCAGGGCCUGCAGGACUCUCCAGACUCCCCAUGGCAGGAGCGAGUGCUUUCUCCUAUCCAGCCGAAUAACAUCUUGCCCACCACAGCCAAGAGCCCUCUUGGGAAUAUUCGGUCAACGCGGCGAAGCCUGAUGUCCCAGGAUCCCCAAGUGCCACUAGCUACGAAGUACUGUUUGGUGGCUGAACAAGAAAGCACCAGUCGCAGGUCAAGCAGAAGGCUUGCCAAGAAGGCUGACAAAAAGCCGGAGGCUUCUGCUCGUAUCAUCUGUCACAGUUAUCUGGAGAGGCUCCUGAAUGUUGAAGUGCCUCAGAAAGUUGGCCUGGAGCAGGAGCCCACAGAGGAGGCUGUGCCUGAGGAGGCAGCGGAGGAGCCAGAGGUCUCCAAGAACAGUGGGUGUGCCUCGAAGCCUCACAGUGCCACCAAGACAGAAAUCAGUACACCUGCUUCGAAGCUCGUGCCUGCUGGCCAGGCAACAGCUGUUGAAGAGCAGCAAGAAUCCGAGCUUGACCAAAUAGAUGGACACAGAGAACCACCCCAGAGUGUCAGGAGGAAACGCAGUUACAAGCAGGCAAUGAGUGAACCAGAUGAGGAACAACUGGAAGAUGAGGAGCUACAGCCCCCCCAGAACAAGACCCCUUCACCACCCUGUCCAGCCAACAAGGUGGUACGGCCUCUCCGGACUUUCUUGCACACUGUGCAGAAGAACCAGAUGCUCAUGACCCCGACUUUGGCUUCCCGCAGCAGUGUCAUGAAGUCCUUUAUUAAACGCAACACUCCACUCCGAGUGGACCCUAAGGAGAAGGAACGCCAGCGCCUAGAGAGCCUGCGGCGGAAGGAGGAGGCCGAGCAGCUGCGCAGACAGAAGGUGGAGGAAGACAAGCGGCGGCGACUGGAGGAGGUGAAGCUGAAGCGUGAAGAGCGCCUCCGCAAGGUGCUGCAGGCCCGUGAGCGGGUAGAGCAGAUGAAGGAGGAAAAGAAGAAGCAGAUUGAGCAGAAGUUUGCUCACAUUGAUGAGAAGACAGAAAAGGCUAAGGAGGAACGGCUGGCAGAGAAGGCCAAGAAGAAAGCAGCUGCCAAGAAGAUGGAAGAAGUAGAGGCACGCAGGAAGCAGGAGGAGGAGGCGCGCAGACUCAGGCGGCUCCAACAGGAGGAAGAGGAGCGACGACAUCAAGAGAUGCUGCAGCGGAAGAAGGAAGAGGAGCAGGCACGGCGCAAAGCAGCUGAGGCCAAGCGGCUGGCAGAGCAGCAGGAGCAGGAGCGGCAGCUGGCUGAGCAAGAGCGUCGGAGGGAGCAGGAACGGAGGGAACAGGAACGAAAGAGGGAGCAGGAGUAUCUUCAGGCCAAGAGGGAGAUGCAGGAGAGAGAGAAAGCCCUGCGAUUGCAGAAGGAACGACUUCAGAGGGAACUGGAGGAGAAGAAGAAGAAGGAAGAACAGCAGCGCCUGGCUGAGCAGCGACUGCAGGAGGAGCAGGUGAAGAAAGCCAAGGAGGCGGCAGCAGCCAAACAGGUUCUGAAUAUGACUGUGGAUGUGCAGUCUCCUGCUUGUACCUCCUAUCAAAUGACUCCACAAGGACCCAAAUCCUGCCCCAAAAUCAGCACAGAGGACUAUGGGAUGGACCUAAAUAGUGAUGACUCUACAGAUGAUGAAGCCCAUCCCCGGAAACCCAUCCCUUCCUGGGCCAAAGGUACCCAGCUCAGCCAGACCGUCAUCCACCAGUAUUACCACCCCCCGAACCUUCUAGAGCUCUUCGGAACUAUUCUGCCACUGGACUUGCAGGAAAUAUUUGAGAAGAGCAAGCCCCGCUACCACAAGCGCACUAGCUCUGCUGUCUGGAGCUCACCUCCCCUGAAAGCGACCAGGGUCCCCAGCAGCUUGGCCUAUAGCCUGAAGAAGCCAUGAGGCAGGCCCUCAGCCCUCUUGGAAGUACAGGGCCUGUGUUUGUCUGUCUUGUCUGUCUCUCUGUUUGUGUGUUGGGCUGGUGCCCUUCUGUCUGACAUGCCAUUGUUCAGGUAUAUAUCAAUAUCCCCUACUUGUCAGGUGUUCUCAGUCCUGAUUGGAGGGCAGGCUGGGGAAGAACCAGGUUCAGCACUGAUCGGUCUGUAGGCAGUACUCUGUAAAUAGAUUAUUUCAAAUCAGUUGAAUUUUCGUUUCUAGUGUUUAUGAGAUAGUUUAAUAAAGUAUGUACCCUGAAGCUUGCUGUGGAUAUUGUGAAGACUACAGCCUUCAAUGGAAUGUUGAUCUGUAGUAGCAUCUUGUAUCUUUACCUGCAGUGUGCCUCAAAAUCACUUGUUUGGGCCAGAUGUGAUUCCACCCAGAGGUUCUGAUGCCAGACAGUCCAUAGGGAACACCUCAGCACGUCCUGAGAGGGUACAUGCUUCCUAUUUGUAAAUGGAGUCUAUUCGUUGGGAAAGUCUUCGACAAAGCUUUGCGUCCUAGUCCCUCAGCCUGACAGAUCCUCUGGUUCGGCCAUGCUUGCUGCAUGGGGAGUGGAAGGACUUGAGAGGGUCCUUGUGCUGGGAUCUAGUCAGGAAAGGAAUGCUCCUCUAGAUGACAUUGGGACCUGUGAUUGCAAAUGGGAGAUUCCACCACAAAACCACUAGCUACAAAGUGAAUGCUUAGCUCAGCGAAGGGUGGCCUUGGUCCUGACAGCUCCUGAUGCUCUUUCCUCUGGAAUUGAGGUCAGACACCUGCGAUAGACAGGCCAAACUAAAACACAGUUGUUUUGGGCACACUUACAGUAAAGCCAGUUUGUUUUCCCAUUACCUCCAGCAGGGCCACUCCGGGAAUACUUCUGUAGCCUGAGAAGCUGACAAGCUUUCUCUGGAAACUUGUUCACUAGACCUUGGCCAAUUGCUUGAGGUCAAAAUACAGACUAAAUACAAAUUGCAGAAGUGCUUUACACAGUGAGGAAGCAGUGAACACAGUAGUCUGAAGUCUAGAAGACUCUUCCCACGCAGAGUUCAUGUAGGGUUCACUCAAAGAUGGUGCAAGAGUGUGCUUUACGUGUGUAUUCUCACUAAUAACUGUUGAGUAAACUGGAAGGAAGGUCUGUCUUAAUCCACCAAAUGAAACUCAUUUGCCAGCACAUGUAUUCAGUUCUUAGAAAAGCAAAGGAAGGCAGUUCAUUUACGCUGAGUCUCCCCUAGCAUUUCAUAUUUGUCUGUUUCUUACUGUAGCUACCCUAAUGACUGUAUGGAGAUAUUUCAUCAUGGUUUUAAUUUGCAUUUUACUAAUAGCUGUUGGUGAAUAUAAUUUCAGAUUCUUACUCAUUGGCAACGAGUAUAUCUUGUUGCCAAUAAAAAAAAAAUACAAGUCUGUUCAAGUCCUUUGUGCAUUUUGAAGUUGGGUUUUUAAUUUUUUUACUGUGGCAUUAAUACUUUGUAUUUUAGAAGCGUAGUCUUUGUUAGAUGUGCUUUAUGGUAUUUUCCUCUGGUCUAGCCUGCAGCUUGUUUUUUUCGUUUCUGACACUUUCAUAGAUUUCUAAUUUGGCGAGGUCUGUUUGUUACUUUACAGGUUAUAUACCUUUUUGAUGUCAUUUCUAGGAAAUCCAAAUACUUCCUUCUGUGUUUCCUAAAAUAGUCCACAACUGACCUGGUGCAUGAGAUGAAAAAGAAAGCUCAGUGCUACAAUUAGACAUCAUCUGUCUGUCCUCAAAUACAAAAUGGCAGUUAGCUGGAGAUGAUCAUAAAUCUCAUGUACCAUUGGCAUGGGCCCUUCUGCUCAGAUUCCUCAAGGACCAGAACUUAUAGUUAAGUCUUAAUCCGGUGCUUUAACUCUUCCAGCUUUGUGGGUUUUUUUUUUUUUUUUUUUUGAAUUUAUUUUGACUUGUAUUACUUUUACCUUUUCAUGUAAAUUUUAGAAUCAGCUUAUAUGUAUAAAACUCUGCAGUUUUCCUGACUAGAAUUUUAUUGAAAACAUAGAUCAAUUGGAGGGGAGCUUGGCACACUUGAAAUCUUCUUUCACUCUGCAAAUAGCAUGUCUCUUAUUUACAUCCUUGGUUUCUGUCAUGAGCAUUUUGUGGUCUGAGCAUAUAUCCUGUACAUUUUCUGUUAAAUAUUUAUUUUUGUGCAGUUAUUUUAAAUGGUAUUGUUUUUCUGGUUUUGGUUUAUACUUGUUCAUUGUUGGUAUAUAGAAAUACAGUUGG